CACUUGACAUUCCCCACUUGCAUUCACAUAACCCACCCACCGCCACAAAACACGCACAACACGAACCCACAUCACGUUUCAUUACGUUCCCCACUUUCGAAGCAACAUCUCAAUUACUGUGUUAUAAAAACUCACUCUACCCUUCACAAUUCCCCUCAAAACAAAAAAACCCUCUCUCUCUCUUCUUCUCCUCUCUCUUGAUUAUUUUCUCGAUGGGCGUGCAACUUGAAGAACCAGAUUCCAAACCGAUCUUGAUCCGCGAGGUUUGGGCCUCCAACCUUGAAUCUGAAUUCCAAUUGAUCCGUGAAGUCAUCGAUGAAUUCCCCUUCAUCUCCAUGGACACCGAGUUUCCCGGCGUCAUCCACCGCCCUACCACCGCGGACACGGCGAAACCCUACCUUAACCGCCUCCAACCCUCCGAUCACUAUCGUCUCCUGAAAUCCAACGUCGACGCGCUCAACCUCAUCCAGGUCGGUUUAACCUUCUCCGACGCCGACGGCAAUCUUCCAGAUCUCGGAACCGGCACCAACCGCUUCAUCUGGGAGUUCAAUUUCCGCGACUUUGACAUCGAGCGUGACGCACACGCGCUGGACUCUAUAGAUCUGCUCCGCCGUCAGGGGAUCGAUUUCCGCCGGAAUGUCACCGACGGUGUCGACUCGGUGGAUUUCGCUGAGUUAGUUAUGUCGUCUGGACUCGUUUGCAAUGACUCGGUGAGUUGGGUGACGUUUCACAGCGCGUACGAUUUCGGCUACCUGGUGAAGGUGCUGACGCGGCGGAACCUGCCGAAUGGGUUGGAGGAAUUUCUGAAAUUGUUGAGGGUGUUUUUCGGGAAAAAUGUUUAUGAUGUGAAGUACAUGAUGCGGUUCUGUGAGGCACUGUAUGGUGGGUUGGACCGGGUGGCUCAGACCCUGAAUGUGGACCGGGCGGUUGGGAAGUGCCAUCAGGCCGGGUCUGACAGCUUGUUGACGUGGCAUGCGUAUCAGAAGAUGAGGGAGAUUUAUUUCAUUAACGAUGAGCCCCAGAAACAUGCCGGGGUUUUGUUCGGCUUGGAGGUUUCUGUAAAUUGAAAAAAUGUUAUGUAGUAAAUAAAUAAAAAUAGUUAAUUGAAAUUUUUUAUUGGUUGGAUUAA